AUGGUAGAGAGGCUGAGGAACGAGACAAAUCUUUAUGAAGAUCAAAACAUCGAGACUGUAGGACUAAAAGUAAAGAACCAAAUGCUUGAGCAAUCUGUAACAUUUAUGAAGCAGCUUGUUGUGGGUUUGCUCACAAUUUGUAUUGUUCUAAUGAGUACCCAACAGGAAACACAAUCUCAAAAUAGGCAGAAUAAGGGAAAAUCCUCUCAAGUACCAUCUAUUAAGGCUCAUUGGGAUGCAAAAUCAAAUGAAAUCUUUAUUAAGCUUUGUGUUGACCAAGUGAAGGUCGGACAUAGACCUGGUACACACUUAGAUAGGGUCGGGUGGGAAAAUGUCAUAACUUCGUUUAAAACUAUGACUGGAAAAACAUACCAACGACUACAAAUGAAAAACCAUUGGGAUGUGUUGAAAAAAGAUUGGCUGUUAUGGAACAAUCUUUUAAGGGGUGAGACCGGCUUAGGCCGUGACACAUUGACUGGAGCUAUAUCUGCAUCUGAUGAGUGGUGGACCAACAAAUUGGAGAGGUAUCCUGAUGCUGCUAAAUUUCGGCGUAUGCCGUUGCAAUUUAGUGAAGACUUAGACAUACUAUUCUCAGAUGCAGCUGCUACAGGAGAAUGGGCAUACACUCCUAGUUCAGGGGUUAUGCCUGACGUUGAUGACAAUGUAGAGGAAUUUCAUACCCCACAUGAUGUUGAAUAUGAUGAUGAUGCUUUGGAGGUGAUUCAUCCCUCUGAGUUAAACAAAAAGCGUUCAUCAAACACACCUGCUUCAUCAACCAAGAGUAAGAAGACGAAAUUUACUGGUGCAGCUCUACUUAACAAGACACUUGCUCGCAUAGUAAAUGUGGUUGAGUCAUCUUCAGGAACUUCAACACAGACCUCAUCAAGAUAUCCUUCAAUUGCAGAUUGUUUGGCGAUGUUGGAAAACAUCCCUGGUGUGUCCCCAGAUGAUGACCUGUAUGUGUGGGCCGCCCGAUUAUUCUUACGAGACAAGCGUCGGGAGUGUUUCAUGAGUCUUCCUACGGAUGAAGUUCGCCUUAAGUUUCUGAAGUUGGAGAUUGAGAUGGAGAAGGCCACCACAGGUUAUCGCGGCUAA